AUGAUCCCAGUGGGGGAAUUUCGCAACAUUGGCAUCGAGCAGAACUCCAAGUACCGUGUACUCAAGCCGUGGUGGGAUGUUUUCUCUGAGUACCUGUGCGUUGCCAUGUUAAUGAUCGGAGUCUUUGGAUGCACCCUGCAGCUCACCCAAGACAAGAUCGCUUGCCUGCCAAGUCCCUUCACCAGUCCGACACCUGGCGCCAUUGAUUGUAGCCACAUCCGCAGCUAUGCUGAGAACCAUUCAUGGGAAAGCCUCAAUUUCAAACCGGGUAAUCCCAUCAUACGGGAGGUUCUCGGUCGCAAGAAUGGCCUGGACAUCCACCAGUAUGUCUUUAUCAACCACUACUGCUACGAGCGGUUUGUGCACUGGUAUGCAAAGUACUUCCCUUACCUCGUGGUGAUCCACACCAUGAUUUUCAUGGUGACCAGUAGCUUUUGGUUCAAAUUCCCUGGGACGUCCUCCAAACUUGACCUCUUUGUAACCAUCCUGGGAAAAUGCUUUGACUCCCCCUGGACCACCAGGGCCUUGAGCGAGGUUUCUGAGGAAAGAGGUGAGGAAAAGUUGUUCAGCUGGAGGAGAAACACGGUGUCUAAAGAUCCCACGGAGAGACGAGCCGACGAGGAGGAGACCACCUUGCUUCAGCGUACCGCCUCGUCUAAAUCUAAUGCAGAUAAGAAAACUCAAGAGUCUCAGUCAGCUCCAUCUGUGUUGGAUAAAAAGGAAGGAGAGCAGGCUAAAGCUUUGUUUGAGAAGGUGAAAAAGUUCCGAACUCACGUCGAGGAAGCAGACAUCUUGUACAUUAUGUAUGUGCUGCAAACAUCCCUCAAGGUCUUUAAGUUCCUUUUAAUCAUCAUCUACACUGCGGCGUUGUCUCCAAACAUUGAGAUUGUCGUACGCUGUUUAGUUCCCCCCGAGCUGACCGGGUUCGACAUCUAUUGCUGUAACCACAACAAAGCUCACCUAUUCUCCAAGCUGGCCUAUUGCUACAUUAGCUUUGUUGCCGUUUACGGGUUGUUGUGCAUCUACACACUCUACUGGCAGUUUCACCGCCCCUUAAGGGUCUACUCCUUUGAGCACGUCAGGCUAGAGACAGGAAUCAAUGACAUACCAGACGUGAAGAAUGAUUUCGCCUUCCUGCUCCACCUGGUGGACCAGUAUGACGAUCUUUACGCAAAAAGAUUUGCUUUCUUUCUGUCCGAGGUGAGCGAGAGCCGACUCCAUCAGCUUAACCUCAACUAUGAAUGGACUGCCAAAAAAUUGCGCAGCCGUCUGGCUAAGAACGCUAAUGACUUACAGGAGCUACACCUGGCUCUGUUGCCGGGACUUCCCGACACGGUCUACGAGCUAGCUGAGAUACAGUCCCUGAAAUUGGAGCAGGUUAAAAAUGUCUCCAUUUCACCUAGUGUUGCUAAGCUGGAGAGUCUUCAGGAUCUCUCGCUGAUAUACUGCCAGGCCAAGGUUCAGCUGCCUGCCUUGAAAUACUUUAAAGAACAUUUGAAGUUCCUGCGCUUAUGCUUUGAAAGUCUCGAUGAAGUUCCUGAGUGGAUGUACCACUUGCAAAACCUUGAGGAGUUGCACCUAAAUGGCCCACUAACAAACGAAUUGGCACGGAGCGCCCAACUGGACUCCCUUCGAGAGCUGAUAGCCCUAAGGGUCCUCACCCUGCGCUCCAAUCUCUCAAAGAUUCCGACAAGCAUCAGCGACGUCGCACUGCAGCUGCAGCGUCUGUGCAUCUACAACGAAGGCACCAAGAUCCAAGCCUAUAGCGGCCUGAAGAAGCUGACCAAUCUCGUGUCUCUGGAGUUAGUGGGCUGUGAACUGGAGCGUAUCCCGAGUGCUGUCUUCAGCCUGAGUAAUCUGCAAGAGUUGGAUCUGAAAGAAAACAAGCUGACCACCGUGGAAGAAAUCCUGAGCCUGCAACAUUGCCAACGGCUGGUGACGCUGCGCCUGUGGCACAACAAAAUCACUUACAUUCCCGAUCAUAUCAGCAAGCUUCACACACUGGAGACACUGGACAUCAGCUGGAAUAAGCUGCGAAAGCUGUCAGCGCGCCUGUUCUACUGCACCAAAUUGAGGCAUUUGGACAUCUCGCACAACCAGCUUACCACCAUACCUCCCGAGGUGGGCAUCCUUCAGGGUCUCCAGUUCUUUUCCGCUGCUUUCAACUCAUUAGAGACCCUACCAGAUGAACUGUUCUCCUGUAAAAGACUAAAGACUCUCAUCCUGGGAAACAACUGCUUGUUCUACCUUAGCUCCAGGGUGGCUAACCUUUCCCAACUUGUUCGACUGGAACUCAAAGGGAACCGCCUGGAAGCUUUACCUGCUGAAGUAGCGGACUGUCCUUUGCUAACAACCAGUGGGCUUGUAGCAGAGGAAAACCUGCUGGAGUUGUUACCUCCGCACGUGCGCACAAGACUGCAGGGGGCAGCAAAAAAAGCUGUCUCCGGCAUUCGAGCAACUUCAUACUAUAGAGAGAGAAAAGAUGAGCGAGAGAGAGUAAAAGAUCCAUUUCUCUGCUACAUGGGGAAGCUCGAGGCUCUCAUCGAGGAGGAACAACUUUGUUGUUAUUCUGAGCACAAUGGUUGA